AUGACAACUCUACACAAGCGUAACCAAGAAAGAACUCACGAAGGUACUAUCCGUAUUGAAAGAAGUGAAACUUAUAUUGCCGCAAGUCAUCGUGGAGAUCGCAGCAUGGAAGCUCGUAUCGAAUCAGCUCGUAAAGCUUCGGAAAUUCACAAAAAGCGUACCGGCAAAGCUCUACGUAUCACCCCCGAAGAUGUUAGGAAUGAAGAAAUGUAUCAAGAAAUCGAUCCUGAAGAGGAGGCUAAGUUAGAGCAGCUUCAUCAAGAAGUAAUCGGUGAAUCUCAGAGUCAAGAAAAAUAA